CACCCAUCCAUCCUCCGCUUCCUGAUUGCGGGGAUCCCAUCGGGACACUGCAUGCAGCCACGCUGGCUACAUUCAUAGCUGUUGGGCAACGGAGUCUUGUUUUCUAGAAGUUAUAUACGGCUUGAGUUUCCAUCCGCCGAGGCCCGCAGAACGGGGGCACGGUGCAAGUGUGAGCUAUAGAUACGAGCGUGCACGUACACAUUCCCGGAACUUUCUCGAACCCGCAGCAUUCCAAGCCGUAUACUCCGUAAUUUCUCCGUCCCCACAGCCGGAUUUGCGGGGAGAUUCUUCAUCCAGAACGGCCAAGGCGGGAGCGUCUCCGCAAAAGAGGUAAAUAAUUUCCGGGAAUCGAGCAGCAGUCGCAAGUGCGGCACCGGUCGUCUAUAUAAUGAGAUGCAUUGACCAGCAAGGUACGGCGAUCAUGGGCCAUCUCUCCGACAGCUAAUCGAACAUGUUACUCUCCACCCUUCUCCCUCUCACCCUCCUCGCCGGAGCUGCGACAGCGCGCCGCGGCUUCGUCACGACCAAGGGGAACAAGUUCCAGCUUGAUGGGAAGGACUUUUACUUUGCCGGUAGUAAUGCGUACUACUUUCCCUUCAACGACAACCAAACAGACGUCGAACUCGGCCUCACGGCCGCCAAAAACGCCGGCCUAAACGUCUUCCGCACAUGGGGCUUCAACGACAAAAACGUGACAUACAUCGACGGCGGGCUCCCACAGUACGGCGGCGAGGGCGCCGGCGCGACGGAGAUUGUUUUCCAGUGGUGGGAGAAUGGAAAAUCGGUGAUUGACCUCGAGCCGUUUGACAAGGUUGUGCGUGCGGCGGAGAAGACGGGGAUCAAGCUCAUUGUGGCCCUGACGAAUAACUGGGCGGAUUACGGCGGGAUGGAUGUGUAUACGGUUAACCUGGGGGGACAGUACCAUGAUGAUUUCUACCGCCUCCCCCAGAUCAAAAAGGCCUACAAGCGCUACGUCAAAGAGAUGGUCUCGCGCUACCGCAACUCACCCGCAAUCAUGGCCUGGGAACUCGCCAACGAGCCACGCUGCGGCGCCGACGGAGUACGCAACCUCCCGCGCAGCCCAGCGGGGUGCACCCCCGAACUAUUGACCUCCUGGAUCGACGAGAUGAGCACGUACAUCAAGCGGCUGGACCGGAACCAUCUGGUGACCUGGGGCGGCGAGGGCGGGUUCAACUAUGAGUCGGACGACUGGGCGUAUAACGGGUCGGAUGGCGGGGAUUUCGAGGAGGAGCUCAGAUUGAAGAAUGUGGACUUUGGGGUGUUUCACUCGUAUCCGGAUUGGUGGAGUAAGACGGUGCAGUGGACGGAUCAGUGGAUUCGGGAUCAUGCCCGGGUUGGCAGGAAGGUUGGGAAGCCGGUUGUUCAUGAGGAGUAUGGCUGGCUGACCGACGAGGGCCGCUGGAAUAACCUCGGGACGGUGUCGAACAUCACCCGCCUCGAGGCUGUCGGGGGCUGGCAGAAGAUCAGUCUAAAGGAGAAGAUGCCGGACAUGUACUGGCAAUUCGGGUUCUCUGGGUACUCCUACGGACGGAACCACGACGAUGGAUUCACCAUCUAUCUUGACGACGCCGAAGCCAAAGAGCUCGUCUACAAGCACGCGCGCGACGUGAACAAGCUCAACCGCCGCCAUUAG